UUGUUGUACCAACCUUGGCUGCAGCGAGUGCAGUUGAUAAAAACGUUUGCUUACGUAGCGACGCUGCUUGUACUGUGCAGUGCACGCCACUUGUAGCAGACGACACAAUUGAGCAUCGAAUAUACAUACCGUUUGACAGAAAACGUCAAUCAAUCGUUGUGUACAUACAAACUCACUUUCUAAAAUCAUCGUAACUCGCUGUCAGUGUAAUAGCUCUCCGCUUCGUAUCUUUUUCAAGAAUCAUGCAUUCCGAUCGUCCGUAGAUGCGUUGAACAUAAAAAUUAUGAGCGACAUGCUGUCCAUGCAUCAUCCCUUGCAAUUAUGUAGAAUGUGCGGCAAGGAGAAGCCACUUGGCACGGACUUGUUUACCGACAAAAUCAAGGGCUCGGUACUUUUGUCAAUAAUUAACAAAUAUUUCGUCAAGGAGGCCUUAUGUAUUUCCAUAACUGAUCAUCUUACCAAGUUCAUUUGUACUGAUUGCGAGCAUCAGAUUUGUUCCUUUGAUGAAUUUUGCUUAAUGGUGGCAGAUGUACAGAAACAGUUUCAACCGCCCUCGCUGGAGUUAGAUUUUGCAGAGGAUAUGCUAAAUCAUCUGAACAGCACUAGCAUUCCUGAAAAGCCAAAUGAUCAACGAGUAAAUUUUAUACAAAAGAAAAGACAGGUUUGUCCUAUCUGUUCAAAAAGUUUUCGAUGUCUGUCUCAUCUCAACCGGCAUAAAAUAAUACAUACUGGUUUGCGGCCUUAUGUUUGUGAUAUAUGCAAUAUGUCUUUCAAUCAACAAGAAAUAAUGUUAAAACAUAAACAGUCACAUGAUGGAAAAAAACAGUUCCAAUGUGCCCAUUGUCAUCAAGCAUUUAGAUAUAAAGUAUCCUUAAAGUCUCAUGUCAUCAAUUUUCAUUCCAUAAAUGAUCAAGGAAUAAUGAACAACCAUAUUGCUCCUUUGCAAGAUCAAAUGUUGCAAUGCCCUGAAUGUAAUAAACAAUUUGCAACCAAGUACAAAUUGCAAAGGCACAGAAGAUAUCAUACUGGAGAAAAGCCAUAUCACUGCAAUUACUGUAAUCGCUCUUUUUCUCAGUCUUGUAAUCUUAAACUUCAUCAGCAAAAAUAUCAUCAGAUUCUUUGUUCUAUUGCACCUCAACCACCUAUACAAAUUCAACAGCAGCAUCAUCAGCAGCAACAUCAACAACAAUUACAUUUACAACAACAGCAGCAGCAACAGCAGCAACAAAUCCAUCAUUCCUUGACUCAACCUCCCGAACAACCCAUGACUCAUGCUUUAAAUACCUUCCAACCCAUGUUCUUGACUGAAACUGAACUUCAAGAUACAAUUAAUGAAACUAUAAAUUCAACUGGUGCCGAAUCAUCUUACAUGAAUAAAUCAUACGAAAAUCAGUUAUACAUUGAUGAUGAGAUAGAAACAAUGCUAGAUCAAGACUUUCAUCAAUUAGAACGUCAGAAAUAUGCUGCAUUAUCCCAAGAUAAAACUCCAUUUUGUUUAAAGCAACCUGAAACUCCAGAAAUAUUACAUAGUUUAUUAUAUGAUGAUUCAGAAUGUAUUUAGAAUAUUCAUAAUUAUGAAUGUAAAUAAAAUAGAAUACGAAUUUCACAUUACCACUUUAUUUGAAUUUUAAAU